ACUGUCAUGGCUUAAGCGGCCACAUCUUCAGGAGAAUGUGGUCAGUUUAGCCAGCCUCCAGAAUCUCCAUAUAGCCUGGGGAAAUACCUAGCCAAGGAUGGAGACCCUCUCACUGCUCAUCUGUUUCUCAGCUGCUGUGCUGAUGCCCUGCCACGGAUUCAGCAUAGAUACAGAACACCCAAUCGUCUUCCAGGAAACAGCAGAAGGGUUUGGGCAGACUGUUGUGCAGUUUGGAAAAGGAGCAAACAGGGGGGUACUUGUUGGUGCCCCACUCCAGAGAGGAGACGUGAAUGAAACAGGUAAAAUCUAUAAAUGUCAGCAGAUGCCAAGCAAAUUCGGCAAAUGCCAGGAGGUCCCUGUACAACGUCCAAUUGAUGCUGUGAAUAUGUCUCUCGGUUUGUCCCUCUCUGCCUCGGAAUCCAGGUUUUUGGUAUGUGGUCCCAGAGUGCAUCAGACCUGUGGGCAAAACAUGUAUCUCAAAAGCUAUUGUUUUCUCCUGGAUGAGAACUUGAGGCAGACACAGCGCUUCCCUGAUUCUCUGCCAGAAUGUGCAAAACGAGCCAACGAUAUAGUGCUUCUGAUAGAUGGCUCAGGAAGCAUCGAUCCUGACGAAUUCAGACAGAUGAAGACAUUCAUUUCAGAAGUCAUGAAGCGCUUCCUCAACUCCAACACGCAGUUUGCCUUGGCCCAGUAUUCACACCGCUAUAGCGAGCACUUCACCUUCAGCCAAUUCCAGAACAACCCAGAUCCUGAUGCUCUCCUUAGACGUGUUGAUCAGCUGGGAGGGGGAACUCAUACAGCUACCUAUAUCCAGAGAGUGGUGCGUGAGCUCUUUCAGCCACAAAAAGGAUACCGCUCAGGAGCCACAAAAAUCCUAAUUGUGAUAACAGACGGACAGAAAUCAGGAGAUCACUUGGAAUACAGGGAUGUGAUACCAGAAGCUGAGAGAGCCGGCAUAAUCCGCUAUGCGAUUGGGGUUGGAAGUGCUUUCCGUACAGAUGCUGCCAGGCAAGAGCUCAACCAUAUUGCCUCUCAACCCAGCUCAGAGCACGUGUUCCCAGUGAGCAACUUUAAUGCCCUAAAGGACAUUGAGAAGACACUUCAGAAUAAAAUUUUUGCCAUUGAAGGUACAGAAUCCCAGAGCAGCAGCUCCUUCCAGAUGGAGAUGUCCCAGGAGGGACUCAGUGCCUUGCUGAACCAAGAUGACUUUGUGUUGGGGGCAGUGGGAGCCUACGACUGGUCUGGAGGGGUUUUCCUAUAUGGCAGUGGCAGCAACCCAGACUUUAUCAAUGUGACCAGCUCCACCAAGGACAUGAACGAUGCUUAUCUGGGUUAUUCAGUGCAAAUGGUUCAGCAGAGAGGGCAGCGCAGCUACGUGGUGGGGGCCCCUCGUUACAAGCACGUCGGCAGGGUUGUCCUCUUCGGCCAAGAAAACGGGCACUGGCAGCUGAAAUCAGAGCUGUCUUUAAAGCAGACCCUCCAGAUUGGCUCUUAUUUUGGGGCUUCACUCUGCUCCGUGGACCUGGACAGCGACUCCAACACGGACCUGGUUCUCGUGGGUGCGCCCAUGCACUAUAAUGGCAUGUCAGGAGGGAAAGUCUACGUUUUCCAGAGGCAGGGGGAGAUAUUUGCCAACACCAAGGAACUACAGGGAGAUCCCAAACACCCUUUAGGCCGCUUCGGAGCCAGCAUAGCAGAAAUAGGAGACAUAACCGGAGACAGAUGGACGGAUGUGGUAAUUGGAGCUCCAAUGGAGGAUGAGAAUCGAGGAGCCCUGUACAUAUUCCAGGGGAGCUACGGUUCCAUCAACGAGAAGUAUAGUCAGCGCAUCCGAGGGUCUCAGUUCCCCAACCAGCUUCACUACUUUGGCCAAGCCAUUGCUGCUGGGAAAGACCUUACAGAAGACGGACUCCCAGACAUUGCAACAGGGGCUCACGGGCAAGUGCUGCUGCUGAGGUCUCGGCCUGUGCUCCAAGUCCUGCCCAGCAUCACCUUCUCCCCAUCUAUGAUCCCCCUCUCAGCCUUUGACUGCCAAGGCCAGGAUCAGCUGGAUAAAGAGGUCAGCUCAGCAACCGUCUGUCUCGAUGUCCGGCUGAACUCACCGUUUACCCCAGCCAAUAGGAUUUCGAACACCGUUUGGUACUCCUUGGUCUUGGAUCCUGGUCGGAUGAAAGUUCGGGCUGCUUUUGACAGUGGCUCCUCCACCAUCACCGAACAGAAACAGAUGGGCUUGGCGCAGAAAUGCAUGAGCUAUCGCAUUAAGCUGCCGGUCUGUAUAGAAGACAGCCUCACACCCAUAAAGCUGCAGCUGAAUUACAACCUAACAGGGGAUCCCAUUCCUGCUGCUGAUAACCUGAGAGCCAUCCUGAAGGAAGAUUUUCCCCGUCUGUUUACAGCAUUGCUACCCUUUGAGAAGAACUGUGGCCAAGAUGGAAUCUGUAAAGAUACAUUAAAAACUGCCUUUAAUUUCUCAGGCCUAGAUGCGCUAGUGGUGGGUCAGGACCUUGAGCUCAAUGCCACUGUCUUCUUCCGGAACGACGGAGAGGAUUCUUAUGGCUCCAACCUGACUUUUGUCUACCCUUCAGCACUUUCCUACCGCCGGUUCAAAAUACUGCAGUCUAACAGGAAGAACAUGGGCAUUAAGUGCAUCUCUGCCCCUGCCUCAGAGGAGGAGUCUUUGAGGAACACCACCUGCAACAUCAACCAUCCCAUCUUCCGGAGUGGCGCUGAGGUUAUAUUCAUGGUUUCUUUUUCCAUUGACCCCGAUGGAGUUCUGGGGAAUGAGGUGCAGAUCAAUGCCACGGCGGGCAGUGAAAACAACGGCCCCGUCACUCAGGACAUGUUUCACCAAGCAAAGCUACCCGUUAAAUACGCCAUAUAUGUCUUUUUCAAGAAUAUUGAUGAUUCAACCAAAUAUGUCAACUUUUCCAUGGGGCAGGAAGAUGCAAACCAGUUGGUGGAACAUAAGUAUGAGGUGAGGAAUUCGAUUAAGCGGCAAGUUCCCAUCUCAGUGAAGUUUGAGUUCCCUGUGCAGCUGAACGGAAUGUGGGUUUGGAAUGCGUCCCUGGACAUUUCCUCCGAGCAAUUCCACCUGGCUCAGUGUGCUCCUGAAAGAAAGACUUCAGGGUCCAACAAUUUUGUGACUCAGCUCCGCAAUCGUGCUGUUCUGGACUGCACUGUGGCCGUCUGCGAAAUAAUCCGUUGUAACAUCCUGUCUCUGGAGCAGGGGCAACCGCUGGAGUUCAGAAUCAAGGGGGCUCUUGGCUUCAGGUGGCUGUCCCAGACCCAGCAGAAGAAAGUGACCGUGGAGAGCAGGGCACAGAUUUUCUACGAUGACACAAAAUACAUCCAGAAGGAGGGCUUUGUAAAGAGCCAGGUGAAGACGGUGUUGGAGUACUUGGAGGUCUACAACUACCUGCCCGUCAUUAUUGGCAGCAGUGUUGGGGGGCUUAUCCUCCUUGCUCUGAUCGCUGCUGCUCUGUACAAGCUUGGGUUCUUCAAGAGACAGUACAAGCAGAUGCUGGAUGAGGCAGGAGAGGGGGAUGCAGGGGCUGGUCCUUCCCAAGGCAGUGACAGCGGUCCCCCUCCUCAAGCUGCCAAUUCAUAAGAGAUGCCACAAAUCCCAUCUUCUCUAGGAUUUCUUUUGGCACACACUGAAAACCCAUCAGUUCUAUGGGACACUGCACUGAAGAAGAAGGGACUAGCAUGGCGAUGAGGCCUGUUUUAUACGGUGCGUUUUCCCUAAGUGGGAAUUGCUUUCAUAGAGGGAAUGGCCACCUAUUUGUGUGAGAUUGUCAUGUGUGAGUUACACACAUACUGACAGUUGCAUCAAAUUGUAACUUCACAUUUAUAUUUGGGUGUAUAUGUUUAUUCUGCACCUUUCUUUGUUGCUGAACUAAUGAGGACUAAAGCACAAUGAAAAGACACAUUUCUACCUCUUAUAACUGUUGCAAAAUGAGAAAAAAUGUAGGCUAGGCAAUAUCCAGUGAGAUUUUAAGCUGUAGAGAGCAGAGUAGAACUUCUCUUGUUGGGAGGGGACACAUAAGAGUCUUGCAACGUUUCUUCACUCUGCUCUGCAGCAAUUAUUCCCUGGUCCCUGCCAGUAUAAUCUCUGUCCCCUCUUCCAUCUUCCCAGCUUUUUCAGAAACAAAGGAAAAUACUAGAUUUUUGAAUACCUGGAUCAUGGUACCAGAAAUAAGGUGAAAAUAUUCUUGCUUUUCAAGGUUUCGGCUACAUAAAUUAAGUUAGGCACAACAUUCGGGUAAUUUCUUUCUGUGAAAUUUUGGGAUUCUACUACUGGGAAAUUGUUUUGGAGGCACGUUUUCCAGACUGAACUUUUAUCAGCCUUGCUAUGAAAACAGUUGCUGUCUGACUAAAUCUCAUGAAUGUUUAUUUCACCCACAAUCACA